GAGAGACCAGACUCUGGUGGUGGCGGGUAAACGAAAAAGUCUGAUAGAAAUGGACGACGAGAGGAUUAGAGAGAGAGAAAGGCUUCAGAUCGAGCAGAUUCGUGAGCUUGAUUUCGAGGAGUUACAAGUCGAAGAAGUUGAUUACCUUCACGAUUCCGAUGAAGACGAUGAUGAUGAUGUUGAUCUCUCUGCAUUUCCCUUUUCUUCCCACUCCCAACCUUCUGGCAACCGUGGUGAUGAUGAACUUAUUUUCAAUCCAGCUUUGUCUUCUUUACAUACCUAUCUUGGAGAGGUUGAGGAUACUCCAAACAGAAUUUCUUUUGUGGAUGGAGGCACUGUUUUGAAGAUUCCGCUUUUCUAUCUUGAAGGAGUGGUUCUAUUUCCAGAGGCGACACUACCCCUUAGAAUUAUUCAGGCUAGUUUCUUGGCUGCUGUUGAGAGAGCUUUGAACCAGGCUAAUUCUCCAUCUACGAUAGGUGUGAUUCGUGUUUACAGAGAAGGUUCUCAGUUCAAAUAUGCCAGUGUGGGGACAACCGCAGAGAUACGACAGUAUCGUCGACUUGGUGAUGGUUCAUUCAAUGUUAUUACUCGUGGACAACAGCGGUUCCGUUUAAUGCGUCGUUGGACUGACGUCGAAGGAUUUCCUUGCGGAGAGGUACAAAUUGUUGAGGAAGAUGUGCCCCUGAGGACUCCCAGGGAUGCGUUUGGCAAACUGGUACCGUUAAGCAAGUUGCAAGGUCGAUCACCGUUGAGUGCAAUGUCGUUGUCUACACCUCUUAGAGAUUUGGACACACAGUCGGUAGCAAAUUCUGAAGAAAGUUUUGAAUGUGCUCUUUCUCCUUCCGAAAGAAGACUUCAUUAUUCUUCAGUAGUUGACUCGAUAUAUUAUAACUCAGCAAGUAGUGAUGAUGACCUAGUAGUCAGCACAUCUGAUAUCCAAUCUAGUGGGUCUAACCCAUACUACUCUAGAUCCGUUGGAUGUUUAGCUUCUGACCAUGAUGAUGAAAAGGAAGAUGGGCAAUCGUCAAUUAGCAAGACUCCUGUUUCACAAAGAAAAUGUGAGAAGCAAAAUAGGCUGGCAAAUUUCCGGGAAAAUACUGAUCUAAGCCGAUUCCGUAUGGCCCCAAGAGCAUUUUGGCCAUUCUGGCUGUAUAAGAUGUACGACUCAUAUUAUCUUGCUCAAAGGGCAGCUGAUCUGUGGAAGCAGAUAGUUGGGGUUCCAAACAUGGAGGCUUUUGUGAAUAAACCAGAUAUUCUGUCCUUUUCCAUUGCUAGUAAAAUCCCUGUGUCUGAGUCAAUUAGACAAGAGCUCUUAGAGCUUGAUGGAGUCUCAUACAGAUUGCAGCGAGAAAUCGAAUUGCUUGAAAGUUUUGAUCGUGUUCGAUGUAAACACUGUCAGACUGUCAUAGCAAGAAGAAAAGACAUGUUGGUUAUGUCUAAUGAAGGUCCUCUUGGUGCGUAUGUAAACCCACAUGGCUAUGUGCACGAGGUAAUGACCUUUUACAAAGCAAAUGACAUAGCGCUCACAGGUAGACCUAUUAAAAAGGACAGCUGGUUUCCCGGGUAUGCAUGGACAAUUGCAAACUGUGCGACAUGUGAAACCCAGCUGGGUUGGCUUUUCACAGCAACAAACCAAAAAUUGAAGCCAUCGUCUUUCUGGGCAGUUCGGGGCUCACAGGUCGCAGAUGACAUGCACUGAAACGGUAUUAAAACCAGGUCUUACUCACCAAUCUGUUUGUACUUCAAUACCAAAUCAGUAGUGCCAUAGAUACCCUGAAUAUUACAAGGUAGCUUGUGAAAGUAAAAGCCGACUACGAGUAUAGAAUUCUAAAGCUGUAACAAAACAGCUAAAGGAUUUAGAUAUUUUCAUCAAUAUACAUAACAUUAUAUAUAUGUACUCGCAUGCAUAAUAAUAAUGUGGUAGCGUUAGGCUUACGAGUAUAAUAUUACAAGGUGUGUUCUUAAUA